AGCGCACAUCUCCCCUCCUCCGCCAUGUGAUGACGGACAGACCGUAUCACUGGAGCGAUGGCUUGAAGUCACUCUCAUCAGCAACAAAGCAAAGGCAGCAGCGGCGGCACUGACGUACACCAUCCAGCACAUCACCGGAACCAUACGGACCCGCACCGACACCAUACCGAUGGGAAUCUGGCGCUGAGAGACACCGGAAUCCGAUGAUGCUCGGACUUACAUUCAUGGCAACAUCAGAAAUGCGCGUUAAAUGGAUACUUACGACAACAGAUGCUGCAGGGUGCCGCAUUGCCUGGCCGCUUGAUGAUGGUAGGAUAGAGUAGCGCUUUAAUCGGCAAUGGUCGUUUUUAGGCGUUUUUGGGGUGGGCUGGAAUGAAUGGACGGAUUUUAUGGACAGACGUCAUUGUAUUUAACGCCUAUUAUUUCAACGUACACGCACAUUAGCCUGUUUAAGCCAUACAUACAUGCAUACAAUCGAUGUGCACGACCAUAUGAAUGUAUGUGAAUUUACAGAGUAAUAAAUCCACAAUACAGUUACAGCUCGUAAGGACUAUCGGUUUCAUAGCUUAUACUCAGGACCAUCUCAAAAGUCAGGUUUUAAUGUGAAAGGACUCGCAUUGGUUGACAUUCAUCAUCAUUUAUACUGUAUAGCAUACAGUACAGUACAGUAUAGUAAGCCUUGGUCCAGAGCAAGGACAAUGACUCAUUUACAGGCAGGCCUGUCUCCAGAAACCCUGGAGAAAGCCAAGGUGGAGUUAAAGGAGAACCCCGACACUUUGCACCAGGACAUACAGGAGGUGAGGGACAUGAUCAUCACCCGUCCAGACAUUGGCUUUCUCAGGACAGACGAUGCUUUCAUCCUGCGCUUUCUCAGAGCACGGAAAUUUAACCAUUUCGAGGCCUUCCGUCUCCUGGCCCAGUACUUUGAAUAUCGCCAGCAGAAUUUAGACAUGUUCAAGAACUUAAAAGCGACCGAUCCGGGGAUCAAGCAGGCCCUGAAGGACGGAUUCCCGGGGGUUCUGUCCAAUUUGGAUAGAUACGGGAGGAAGAUUUUGGUUCUGUUCGCUGCGAACUGGGAUCAGAGCAGGUACACUUUUGUGGAUAUUCUGCGAGCUAUCUUACUUUCUCUGGAGGCGAUGAUAGAAGACCCUGAGCUACAAGUAAAUGGAUUUGUCCUGAUCAUCGACUGGAGUAAUUUCACUUUCAAGCAAGCUUCCAAGCUAACGCCAAGCAUGCUGAGAUUGGCUAUUGAGGGCCUGCAGGACAGCUUUCCAGCCCGUUUUGGAGGGAUCCAUUUUGUCAACCAACCUUGGUACAUCCACGCUCUUUAUACAGUCAUCCGACCCUUUCUGAAGGACAAAACAAGAAAACGGAUCUUCAUGCAUGGAAACAAUCUGAACAGCUUGCACCAGCUGAUUCUGCCUGAGAUUCUACCAUCUGAACUGGGUGGGAUGCUGCCUCCAUAUGACAUGGGCACCUGGGCCAGAACGUUACUUGACCACGCGUACGAUGAGGACACUGACUACUGCCCCGAGUCUUACACCCUGUCCGUCAAAGACCUGGAAAAAGAUCUGUCUCCCAAAACCAUGAAGAGGUCCCAGUCCGUGGUGGAGCCAGGUGUCCUGAAACGACCAGAAAAAGUGAAAAGUGAAGAAGAGAACAUGCAGCCCUUGCUUUCACUGGACUAAACGCUCUUAAAUCCCCAUGCGAUGGGAAACCGACAAACCCGCACGCUGGGGAUGAGUGCACCCUGUUCCUAUAAUGCGAGAAAAAAAUGUACAAAGAAAGGUAAUGUUAAGGAGAAGAACACACGUACAGCCUCCAGGAAGACUGCAGAGAGCUGCCGUUUAAAGUGAUAUUUUUGAAGCAAAGAGCUAAAGGCAGACGUCCGUAUGUAAUUGUCAAGUGCCAAUUCAAUUCUGUAAAUACACUUCAGUUCUAGACGUGAGAUGGAGGGAGUAUUUGUCACACAAACAUGUAAAGACUGCUGUGAAUAUCCUGUAUGUGCUUCUCGUGAUUAUUAUGUAGAACAUGGUAACGUGGGAUGGGUAAAUCAUGCUUAUAAAGAUUCACUUUGGGCUUUCCGACAUUUUUAUUCCCCAGGAGUUGCUCAGGAGUAUUAGGAAACCAUAAAGCUGAUGGUAGUGUCAGAUGGGCGUAUGUUGCUUCCAUUGAAGAAAAUAGCAUAGCAGUGUUUCACAGCAAAUGCCCAGCAAACACCGUGGCUAAGAAAUCAUUUCUCGGAUGUCGUUUUAAAACUUUAUUUUAUCACAAAUCAGCCUGUGUUCAUUUAGUAGACUUAUAUCCUAGAGGGGUCGAAUCAUAUUUAGUACUGUAGGUUAUAUUUUUCACUGAUGGUCUUGUUGUUUAUCCUUUGAUGUAAAUGUGAAGCUUUUCUGUUUGAAGUUUGUUUCAGAGAAAAUUAUAUUCAUGCAAAGGACCAAAUGUCUGCAGUUAAAGUUUUGGAGGUAACAGCAAAGUAAUGUACGAUUCAUAGCCUUCAAUUUUACUUUACCGGCAUUAUUUUCAGGUCAUUUUUGAAGCUAAAGGAAUAGUUUAAAUUCGACUAUUUUUGGCUUUUUCCGUACAACAGCAGUUCACGUCUGUUAAAGGACACCUAUUAUGCCCAUUUUUACAAGAUGUAAUACGAGUCGUAGGUGUGUCUAAAAUGUGUCUGUAAAGGUUCAGCUCAAAAUACCACACAGAUCAUUUAUUAUAGCAUGUCCAAAAUGGGUGUGAGCAAAAUGUUUUCAUGUCUGUAGGUUAAAAUGCAAAUAAGGGUACUGCUCCUCACUCCCUUGCCAAAGAGACAGUGAGCGCUUUCAGUUAAAAUAGAUCUAACGGUAGUUCUUGAAACAACAGUAUUAUUACUAUUGAGAUAUGGUGGACAGCGUACAACUCACCGAGGGCAGGAACUAUGGUAAUGCAGGCUUGUCAGUCAGUGGCCAUGGGCGGGGCUUUAUCAGUGUGACAUAACAUUAAAGGCGGAUUGCACAAUGUUUGAAAGCCAAUGUUGAUAUUUGAAAUCACCUAAACAAACACGCCCCUACCCCAAUAGAAUCUGGACCUUUUUUUAAAAGACCCGCCCCACACAUAUGCAACCCGGCAAGGAUGUCGGUUAGUAGACACGCUCCUUACUGCUGAUUGGCUAUAAGUGUGUUUUGGUAGUUGGCCGUCUCCUUUUCCAAAGCGUUUUUCAAACAUUGUGCACUCCGCCUUUAACAAGAGAAUCAGAACAGCAUGUCUAAUGAGACUGAUUUGGUUUAAUGGGGCUUAAAGGGACACUCCACUUUUUUUGAAAAUAUGCUCAUUUUCCAGGUCCCUUAUGGUGCGUUUACACCAGCCACGGUAGAGGCGGCAAAAUGAACAUUUGAGUUUACUCGCUUCAUACGCGUGUGAAAGCCACGCGUGAAAUUCUAGUCAUUCGAGACAUUCAUGCGGAAAUUCGCAUCAUGGGAGGGGCUUCUGCGACUCUGCUCGCUUCCUGUAAUCACGUCAUUACUACAGCAAGGUCCUGAUUGGUUAACGUGGCGCGGAAAUCCGCCGAAGUUCAGAUUUUUCAACUCGCGCAAUUCCCGCGGCAACUGUCAAUUCGAGCGGAACGCGCCGCAGGAUGCCUAAUGGCGUCUUUGCAUUGACUUAACAUGUAAAUCACCCGCGCUUGCCGCCUCUACCGCGGCUGGUGUAAACACAGCAUUAGGGGUUGUGUACACCAAAACUUUUAAACGCGGCUGAAAACGCCUGGACAACGCCGAAUGCCAGCUGUUUUUCAGCUGAGUGCCAGCUUUCUUCAGCUAAGCGCUUUGGUAGCUCUGAUACGUCAGCUGUGAGACGGUUGGUUGCUGUGAUACUAGUCCCGCCCCACCUCCACGGCCGCGUGAGAACUGACAUUGACGAGCGGAGCUUUUCUUCCAAAGUUGAACAUUUCUCGGUACUCAGCGCUGAGUGUGGAAAAACCGCCCGGUGCCGGUUUUCAGCGCGGAAGAAAACCGCUAGCUGCUGGCUUAUUUGAAAAACGCCGAGCUUCCAUUGGAAACUGUUGAAAACAUGUGCUGGCCGCGGGGGUAAAAGUUUUGGUGUGCACAACCCCCUUAGAGUUAAACAUUUGAUUUUGGAAUCCAUUCAGCCGAUCUCCGGGUCUGGCGCUACCACUUUUAGCAUAGCUUAGCAUAUCCCAUUAAAACUGAUUAGACCAUUAGCAUCACCUAGAAAAUCGCAACUUUUAAUUUUCUGUCGGUCUUAGUACACGAUGUAAAAAGAGUCAAGUUUUAAAUAAGAAAAAUAACUGUUUGGUUAUUUUUAGCGCGAUGCUAAUGGUCUAAUCAGAUUCAAUGGAUUAUGCUAAGCUAUGCUAAAAGUGGUACCGACAGACCCAGAGAUCAGCUGAAAGGAUUCCAAAACGGUAAAAAUCAAAUGUUUAACUCUGGGGGAACUGGAAAAUGAGCAUAUUUUGUCAUUGUAGGGUGGUUGUGUUCACACACUGCCAACCCACAUUUAUGUCCAAAAACCUUGUAAAAGUGGAUUUUGCGUAAUAGGUGCCCUUUAAGCAAGUCAUUUUUCAGUGUUUUGAAGUUCUUGUAUAGAUGAGAGCUCAUUCGUGUGUGUUUCAUGGAAAGUAUAGUUUCCUUCAAAGUAUUAAUUCAAGUCCUUCAGUAUAAAUAAUAUACAUAGAAUUCAAAGAGGUUUACAUGAAACCAAAUGCAAACAAGGUAUUUUAUCAUAAAAGUGCAUGCUUCCAUAUUAUUAUAUUGGUCCGCUUUUAUUAUAUAAAAAAUAUUUUACUUAUAAUUAUUUAGCUGUUUUAUGGAAUGCUGUUGUUAUUAGUCUCUUUGCAGAUAGGUUGUCCUAAACCAGGAGAGAGGUUUAGUAUCAAGCCCUGACUGAAUUUAGGAAUUAUUCACCAAUUUUUGACAAAAUUAUUUUUCAAUUUUUUUGUUUUGUUUGUGUCUGGAUAUAAUGAACAAGGGCAAUAUAAAGUGCAUUUUCACCCAUCGGUUCGGUUAUGUUUUUUUAAGGUAAAUAUUUUAACACAUUCAUACUGUAUAUGAAAAUAAAGGUCUUCAGAAUUUAGCAACGCUUUAUCUUCAUGAGCAUUACACAUCCUAACUUAAUUUGGGCAAAUAAGACUUACCGGGCAAAGUUACAAUAUGGGCAGAUUGCGCUAAAGAUUUGUUCAUACCUUCAACUAUCUAAAAUGUUUUUGAGGCCAGGCGAAGUUAGAAGUGGUUUUGGUUAUGUGUGCGGUUGUCAUUAUUUUGUAUUAUAAUAAAGUGUUUCAAUUCUAUGGGCACAGCUUUUAUAUAGCCUAGUGGCAAAGUUUGGUCAUGUUUUAUUUGUAUUUAUUUAUUCAUUUGAAUUUGCUAACCUGUAACACUUACUAUAUGUGCAUUGCACCGUUUCUCUUCAGAACAAGCAGGUUAAAUCCCUAAUUUAUACUUGCAACCUGAUCUUAACUCAUUCCCCGCCAGCCAUUUUUUGAGAAGUUGCCUGCCGCCAGCAUUUUUUGUGAUUUUCACAAAAGUUUGACAAAAUGCCUUCCAGGAAAAUUUUCUUCUAAAAAUAUAUAAACAUACAAAUAUAUCAAAUGAAAGAACAGACCCUCUGCUUUCAACAUUUACGUUUUGGUAUUGCAGAUAAAAAUUCAUCAGGAACACAUUUUUAUGCGAAUGUUUUCUCUUAAUUGACAAGAUAACUCGUCUAUGGCGGGGAAAGAGUUAAUUUUGGGUUCACAAGGUGUAAAAACUGAAAAUACUUUUCAGAAACAUAAAAAUAUUUUUUUCCUCAAUUAAAAAUUGGCUUUUAAAAUCUGAAUGUAUUCCUUGAGAGUAAUGUUUUACUGCUAUUAUAAAAGCCAUUAUUACAUUUCAAAUCUCAUUGAAUGGUGAUCAUAGUAACCAAAAAGCAUUCUGUAAAUGAUUUAGCCUCAGAUGGUGUAAUGUUUAGCCUAAAUGGUGUAAAUUGAUCUGUUUCAGAAUAUAUUUAGUCGAACUGUCUAAUUGCCAUGACCAGUGUUUUAAUACGCCUCCAAUUUAUUUGUAUUCCCAUGUGUGGUUUUGGCCAUGCUGCAUUAUAAACAGCCUUUUUUGUAUUUUAAGCAAUCAGAAUGUUAAACAAUUUGUCUCCAUUUUUCUAGCCUUGCUUUCUAUGGGUAUGUACGUAUUGAUAUUACGACCAAAGCAACCCUGGGUUAACAAUUAUCCCCUGCUUUUCUACAGACUCCUUGGUACAAGAAUAGUUUAGUAUGAUUACAUUAGUUUUCACAUUUUCUUUGAUUGUUGGCUUAUCUUUUCCAUAUCACUUUGAUUGUAUAAUAGGGUGUUAGAGAAGCCCAUGCAGUAUAGAGGUAUUAUACAGAACACUACAUGUGGUUUAAAGGAACAUGUUGAAUGGAAGUAAAUAUGUGUAUAUGUCCUUUCAAAAUGCUGACAUAAAUUAUGUAACUGAAUCUAAACUGCGAAAGGAGAAAAGCAGCCAAUAAAUAUUGAUAUAAAUA